UUAGUGUUAAAAAUAAAUCUCCGAAACAUGGUAGUCUGUCAUCAUUCUCGAUAUGGCAAACGCGCAGUUACAGUACACGUUUCUUCCAACUACACGCGGCAGUAGAUACCUUUGUACUGGUGGCUACUGUGUGGAGAAAGGCUCAACAGGUCGGUCUCCAGUCAGCCUAUGGUGACAACCCAGAGGUCAAAACCUUUGUUAAAAGAUGCGCUGCUCUUCCCAUGGUUCCAGUGGAAGAGGUUGAUGAUGUAUGGCUCCAGACAAUUGCUGACAUGCCGAACGACCAACGGUGUGUCCAGCUCGAGGACGUCACCACAACCUCGGUUGAGACAGAGAAGGAGCCUUUGAACCAUUUCAACAACGACGGCCCUCGCACCAAUAACCACCUGGAGGGAUGGCAUGGACGCUUAAAGAAAGUCAUCGGCAAAGCCCAUCCCAACAUCUUUGAGCUGAUAAGCUUUCUAGGUGCUGAACAGCAGAAGACAGAGUGUAAUCUGCUACAGUACCAUGCCGGCCAGCGUCUCCCACCAGAAAAGAAGAAGUUCUGUGAUAUACAAUGCAGAAUCGAUCAACUGAAGACCAGACCGAUCCAGAAUGAAGUCAGCGUAAUUUUCUUCUCAUCUUCUCAAACUGUCUUAAUUGCCCAUGACUUUUGUGAAUCUUUAUAUGUACGUCAUCUUGUACAUAUACAUUCAAAUUAUUUGUAAA